UGUGUGUGGAUUCCUUUCCUCUGUUCAUACUGGCUGAGAAGCACUGGAAGAGAGAGGGAGACACACAGCUCCUGCCCUCAGACUAACGAGUGAAGACGGAGCCAACAAGCAAACCUUACAGACUUAACUGAGUGUGCACAGAAGUGAAGGAAGGCAAGAGAGGGACCAAUUUUAGAAAUAUUUUUUUUAAAUAUCCACAACAUUUUUUGUACGUUUUUGAAGAAAGAAUUUUUGGACUUUUACCAAUGCUUGGGACAAUAACACUAACGGUUGGCCAACCUGAUGGUGUGGCUCAGAAGGAGGAGGCUCCUGAGACGAUGGACACCAUCCAGGGGGAAGUGGCUCCUCAAGUAAAUGGCGAGAAAGUGGAAAAAGAGUCUCCUGAUGCCAAUGACAUCUCGGCUGUUGAGGAAAAAGCAGCGGAGGAGAAACCCGAGGAUGCCAGUGAAGUGGGCUUCAAGAAGAUUUUCCGCUUUGUGGGCUUUAAGUUUACACUGAAGAAAGACAAAAGUGAGGAGAAAGACCCUGUGAAGCUAUUGACAGUCAAAGAUAAAGAAGAAGGACAGGAGGUCGGUGUGACUGAUGAACCUACAAAGGAGGAAGAAGCUGCUACUGCUGAGGAGAAGAGCUCAACUGAAGAAAAGGAGGCUGAUACAGAGGCAUCUACUGCUGAGGCUGAAGCCAUUAAAGCUGACCAAGCUGAAACCACCGACACCCCAGCUGAAGAUACAACUGCUGAAGCUGCUGAUGAAGGAGCUGAGAAGGAAGGAGAGACCACCAUGUCCCCCUUCAGGAAGCUCUUCAGUGGAGGACUUUUCUCUAACCUGAGAAAAAAAGCCAGCAUCAAGAAGACAAAAGAGGAGGAAGACAAGGAGGCAGCUGUUGAGGAGGAGACACCUAAGACAGAAGACGCUGCUGCUGCAGAAGAAAAAGAGGAGAAAGAUGAGGUUGACCAAGAAACUAAGGAGAAGACACCAGCAACUCCAGAGGAAGUGAAAGCAGAGAGUACCGCGGAGCCGGAGGUCACUGUUGAAACCCCUGCUGCAGCAACUACUGAUGAGACCAAACCAGAAGAGGAAAAAGCAGAACCUAGUGCAGAAGAGGAGAAGGCUCCGGCAGAGGUGACGACUGAGGCCGAGCUGCUAUCAUCACAAGAGAAGGUCAAGCCCCAGGGAAGCCCCCUGAAGAAGCUUUUCACUGGAGCUGGCUUAAAGAAGCUCUCAACUAAGAAACAGAAGGCCAAGAAAGACACUGAGACGAAGCUCACUGAGUCUGGGGAGCAGAUGGCUGGGCAGCUUCAAUCCACUGAGUCGGCAGAGAAUCCAAAAGCUGACAGUGGGCCCUCCUCUCCCGAGGAGUUGGGAGAGCAUGCUAUUGCUGCGGAGGUGACCCAGAAUGAGUCUAGCCAAGAGACUGAUGGGGAAGUUGCCUCUGAUGGAGAGAAGAAAAAAGAGGGUAUCAUUGCCUGGUCCUCCUUCAAGAAACUAGUCACACCCAAGAAGCGUGUAAAAAGGGCCUCUGAGAGCGAAGAUGAAGCCACAGGUGAGAAACCAGCAAAGUCAGCCACCCUGUCCUCUUCUGAGAGUGCCCCAUUAGCAGAUAAGAGUGUAGAGGAGGAGGAGGCCAAAGAGGAUAAGCCAACCGAGGAAGAACCAAAGACCGAAAACACUGAGAAACUGGUCAGCAGCACAGAGGAGCCCAAAAAGAAAAUGGACACUUCAGUCUCCUGGGAGGCUCUAAUGUGUAUGGGUGGACCCAAAAAGAAGACUAGGAGGACCUCUGAUUCUGACGAUGAGGAGACCAAGGUAGAAGAGGAAUCGGCUGCAGCAGCGUUAGAAGGGGAGCAGGUGGGCAAAACUGAGGCUGCCAUUGUUAGUUCCCAAAACACAGACAGUGAUGCGGAAGUUGUUUCCUCCACUGAACCUUUAAGCCCCCUUCCUGAGAAAGAGUCCACUUGGGACACACUGAAACGCAUGGUUAUGCCAAAGAAUAAGGCCAAAGUCGAUGAAAAGCCUGAGGAGACUACAGAACAAGUCCAGUCAGACAGUGAAGCACCAAAAGAUGAGUCCUCUUUCUCUUUGAGGAAGCUCUUCCCCGGACGCAGAAAGAAGAAGGCUGAAAAACAAGCUUCCACUGAGCAGGGUGAGGAGGACUCUGACACCCCAGCUGUGGUUCCUCUCUCAGAGUAUGAAGAACAGGUUGAAGCUGAACAGGAAGCACCAGCAGAACCUGCUAAAGUCCAGAUUACGGUAACCACUGAAGAUAGAUCCCCUUCAUGGAUCGCAGCCGUUGUCGAAGACGGUGACGAUAACCAUGAUCAGCUGAGUGACAUUCCAGAGGAGGCGGAGAAUGCUGCCACGCCAAAGUCUGUUGAUGCUGACAUCGCAUUGGAUGAAACUGAGGACAAGGAAAAUCUGUCUCUUGAAGUUCCCAAACUCACAGGGUGCAGACUGUCCACAGCUGAGGUAAAGCCUGUUGCUCCAGCUCCAUCUGCACAAACUACUCCUGUUCCUGCUCCUGAGUCAGAGAGCGCGCAGGAGGUUAUGGAGAGCAUACAGGCCGAAAUAAGUGAAAUUCCACUCCAGACAAAUGUGACUGUUGAAGAUGUACCAGUAGAGGUAGCUUCUGAUGAAACAGAGUAUGAACCACCAACUGCGAAUGCAGAGUCAAAGACAUGUACCACCCUGGAGCCACAUGAUCUUGAUGAAGCCAUGGCUAUCUGCACUGGCCUUGGAACCACUGAGAUUGCCAAAGUGUCUUUGGAGAAACCUGUGAUGCCCAUCGUAGAGCCUGUGGCCGUGAUCCAUGAUGUUGUAAUCACAGAGAUGUCAGUAAAAGAGAAGUCAGAAAGUACAGAACAAGUCAUCGUUGAAGAAAAUGCCAUAAUCAAUGCCGAAGUGCACCAAGUAGAAACCACCGAGCUUGGGUCUGUUGUUGAAAGUUCACAGAGUGACAUGACAGCCACUCAUGCAGCCAGUGAGAGCCAUGAACCCGAGAUUGAGAAGAUUGUAAUGGUCAGCGCUGUUCAGGUGGAGUCUCAAAUGAUUCAGCCUCCCACCACGAACUCUCCUAAGGAUGCCAUGAGAGGUGAUCCCAUUACACCAACAAGUGAAACAACUGUUUGCACACAGAGCGUAGAAGUCACUGAGCCAUCUGUCGAAACCAAGGAGGUGGAAAUGGAUGUGGAGCAGCUUGCUGCCACUGAAGAAAAUACUGUAGAAGAGGUACUUCAGUCUGUAACUGUAGAGAUCACCUCCAACAUGUGUGAAACCCCAGUGACCCCCAUCACAAUGGAGACUGAGCCAACCAUCCCUGUAGUUGUACCAAGUGAUGAGGUUAUUAUCUCAGAAACAGUGGUCCUUGUGGCGCCAUUCAGUGUGGCAGCAUCAGACAUGGUUGCCAUGGAAAUUACAGUCGCCGAUGAAUCAACCCAGAUGCAGGAAACCAAGGAGGAGAGUAAAGUUGAAGAGACUGUGGAUGCCACGGCCACUCAAACAGCAACAUCAGAGAUCAGUGCAGUCACUGAGCAGUCCAGCAACGAUAUGAAGGAAAUGAAGAUCGACGUCCAGCAGACCAGUGAAAUUGAGGCUCAGAGCAUCGUCAUUGCCCAGGCUGUCAUUCAGGAUGCCGUGGAUAAAGUUUCAGAAGACGUGCCUGAGUCGGAAAAGCCCACCAUGCUUACACCAGUCCAGGCUGUAGCAACAAUAGAGGAAGAGAUUGAGAUCACCCCUAUUGUUAUCUCUGACACUCCUGUUGCUCAGCUGCUCCAUGUUGCCAUGGAGGUCAUUGACCCAGUCCCAGUAGAGGUCACAGAGAGCCUUGAUGCCUCUGUAGAGGAGCAUAAGACAGUGAAAGGGUUGCAGAAAGCUGUGGAGGUAAAAGUAAGUGAAGAAAUUGUAGUAGUGGAAGAAGUUGAAGAGAUAAAGGCAGAGAGUCAGACCGGCGAGGAGCUUGAGCAAGUGAAGGAGGAACAGAGCAAAGUAGACGCAGAGGUUCAGGAAUCAAGUGUAAAAGAAGCAGCUGAGGAAGUGGAACCACAGUCAGAGGAAUCAAAGUCAGAGGCCCCGUCAGAGCAGAAUGAAGAGAAAGUGCUUGACAUGCACAUGCCAGUCCAAGUGGUCCUGCAGACAGCGCAGGUGCUUGAGGAGGCGUCAGUGGAAGAAGAGGCGGCGGUAGAGUUCGACUGCAACGGUUCUGUGGCCGAAGACACCGACGUAAAGGCGAAGAGGGCCGCAACUGAAAGCAAACCCUUAGCGCGGUCAGAAGAACCCCAAGCAUCGGCUUCCAGCCAAGUAACAGAGGCCGAGGCACCAGAAACACCGUCGGGAAAGUGCGCAGAAGUGAUGGCGCAGGUGAUCGAGGUGAUCGAGGAGGCUGUGAAGGAGAUCGAGCCCGUGUCCACAGAGAUCACAGCAGCAUCAUGAGCAGCUGAAGGUACAAGGCUGAUGCCUGGGAGACACACUGUACCCGGGAAGUGAGUGAUGAGGGAGAGAGAGCGAGAGAGAGAAAAAGAGAGAAAGAGGCUGCUCUGUGGUAACACACAGACUGGAUUCUGCCCAGAAGGACUGAGUGACUGAGCAACAGCUCCACCAUUCUCUCUACCUCCCCUUCCACCCUGCAGCCCUGUCACCACAACGUGACGUCCCACCGCAAUAUCCUUAUCCACUCACUCACUCACUCACUCUCUCACACACACACACACACACACACAUACACACACACACACACACACACACACGUCAUGUCAUGUGCCUCAGAAGCAUCCCAUCUGGCUUGUAAUCAGUGUGAUGUAUGUUCGGUGUCCCGGCCCCUUUCCAUAGUCUUUUCUGCAUAUGACAGUAUGCCCCCCUGGUCGAGUGUGUAUCCGUUCUUAUGUGUGUGCGUGUGUGUUUGUCCGUGUAUAGUAGGGAGAGUGAGAUAGGGUCAGAAGGUGAAGAGAUGGAGGAUUAUUAUCUUGUAUAUUGUAUUUAUAUUUGAGUAUUCUUUCAUUCAUCUGUACGUUUUUUUUUUUACAUUGUUGCCUUGAUGUUUUUAAAAUUCCCUCAUUAAGCUGUGAUACAUCAGGUAUUCUUUUGAGCAACAUUAUGACAGUAAAUUUAACUAAACAAAUGUGAGGCUGUUGCAUGUAAGUGGCCAGUGUAUCACAGCUUCUAAUAGUCAUACCCGAUGAUUAUUUCUAGACUCUGUAGCAGUUAUAACUAAACCAUGGUACAAGUGUGCUUCCACUGACGGUUAGUGGUGACACUGACUGCAGAAAACAAAAAGAGGGCAGAGAGUAUGAAAAUCACCACAAAUGCGUUUGACACAUUCUCUUGCCACAAUGUGUUUUCACUCUGCACCACAACAAAAUACUUAAUAAGCUUCAUGUGGAUAAGACCACCAAUCACUGCCUGAUAAACUGUGAAAAAUAUAUUGUUACACAUUGUUUCAUGAAAUAAUACAAUAAAAUACUAUUUUAACACCCUCAUUUGAUAAUGCUGCAGAGGUAAUUGGUAAACAGUGACAUUCAAAGGAUACAUUAGCCAUUUGUUGACACUGGAGGAGUCAGACUGGGUAGAGACGUGCAUGUAAGAAACACUUACAAAGCCUAUCAUGCGUCACAGUGUUUAAAGGCCAUGUUUCUGUUACAUACUGUAUGUAUUAUUUCUGCCCGGCAAAUUUACAUUUAACACCUUCCUUACUACACUAUUUAAAUGAUUAAAAUAAAGACAGUAUGUUGAUGCCCUCUGUUGCCUAUAAAAAGUAGUACACCCUUUAGUUUUCAGUUGAUGGUGACAUUUUGGCUUCGACUGGGUGAUUAAGUAUGAAAAUGUUCAAUGCAGUCUCAUGGUACCUGCUCUUAUGUCUUCAUUCAGCAUGAUUGCUCAGGUUCAAUAAUAUGGCACUGUUUGGGCAUGUAGAGAGGCACAUACAAUGACUGCAUGAUGCCAUAAGUAAAGAUAAACUCUCAUUUUACCUUUAAUUUAAAAGCCAAAUCGAGUUAGGUUCAACCAGUCACGGUCUUUCCAUUGCUCACAGAAUGAGGCACGAGUUGCAUCUAAUUUAACUCCUGAGCAUCGACUCAGCUGCUUUGAGUCACACAUCAAACCCAAGUCACCAGGUCAGGGUUUAUGUUGCAAGUCCAUUGGCAAAGUGGGAGGAGGUGGAGGAACAUCCAAAACAUUCCCAGGGUCCAGUUUUACCACCAAAGGGCCACACUACAUUUGUUUAUGUCCUUACAAAUUUGGCAAACCUGCACUGUGUCAGUCAUUCAGGCAUCUUGAGAAUCACCUGUGAGUGCUUCUGUAAUUGAUUGAUUUUAAUUUGAGAGGCCCACAUUUCACUCAGCUUUAUGACCAAACAAGAGAAGAAUCAGGAAGUACGGACCGAUUAGGUCACCACUUUCCUUUACUCUAGAGAACGUGUCACAUCAAUUCAUGCUUUAUGUAAAAUAUAAA